UCCCCUCCAUCUGCUCCCUCUUUUUUCAUCCUCUCCUUCAUUGGUCGUGUGAGAUUCAUUCUUCCACGCAGGGACUGUCUGUUUAAACACGCGCGGAGUUAAUAGUUGCUCUUUUUGCGCGUAAAAGCGGCUCCGCUGGUCACGACUGAGGACUUUUCUCCUCAAGUACCAGCUGUUUUUUUUCCUCCUCACAUUUUCUCCUUGCUGAUGGUCUCUUUAUCGUUUUGCUGAUGUAAUUGUUCAUCUAAAAAAAUGGUACAUUUGCUUUUGUGGGGCUGAAACUGCUCCGGAGCGGAGCGCAAGGAAGUUGCCCGGGGCGGACAGGGACCCCUGAGGACUCUGCGGGGUGGGUGGAGAAAGGGGAGGUUGGAGCUUCUGCGUUUGCACAUUGCGAGAGGAAUUUCCUUGGGUUCGGAUCCAAAUGCCUCUCACCUCCGUCUGUUGAUCCCUCCGUGGGUGUUGCUUUGCGCCAUCCUUGGAUUCCGCUGUGUUUUGCUCAUGGAGAGUUGAGCAGGUAGUGGACUGAAAAGCUCGGGGAGCUCGCCCUCCAGGUUCUCUGCUGUCAUCCUGGCAGCUGCUUCUCUUGUCGAUGUGCCAGGAGUGGAGUGUGUGCGGAUGAGUGUGUGGAGGCUCUGCUGAGGAUGUGACUUGUGGAUUUUAUGCUCCAUCCUUGCUGGAUCUCCACAGCGUCGGCCCUGAACCUCCUUCUGCUCCUCUUUCUGCACAAUUUUGCUGGAAUAUGGCUCGCCGGUGUGGCUCGGCUGAAUCCAGACAUGGGGCCUUUCACCGCCUCCUUGUUGACCAGUAGUCCUACAUUCCUACUCUUGAGUAACUUUAUUUUUAUUUAUUUUGCCUUUCCUUGAGGAUUUAUCUCUUCCACGACUAUGGAACCCCGGUGGAGCUCAGCUUUCUACCCCUGUCCUCCUUCAAUUAUUUUCCUGCUGGUAGUGACAUCAUACACCUGGCUCCUUCCUGUCACCUCCCCGGAGCGCGUGCUCCCAGACCCCCAGGCGGCGCCGGAGUACGCUCACUCCAUCCGCUUGGAUGGCGACAUCAUCCUCGGCGGAUUGUUUCCGGUGCACUCUCGGGGAGAUCGAGGCACUCCCUGUGGGGAGCUAAAAAAGGAAAAGGGCAUCCACCGCUUGGAGGCCAUGAUGUUUGCCAUCGACCUGAUCAACAAGGACCCCGAACUGCUGCCCAACAUCACCCUCGGGGCCCGCAUUUUGGACACAUGCUCGAGGGACACGUACGCUUUGGAGCAAUCGCUGACGUUCGUGCAGGCUUUGAUAGAGAGGGACGGCUCGGACGUCCGCUGCGCCAACGGAGACCCUCCGAUCUUCACCAAGCCGGAUAAAAUCGUCGGGGUGAUUGGGGCUGCGGCCAGCUCCGUGUCCAUCAUGGUAGCAAACAUCCUGCGCCUGUUCAAGAUUCCACAGAUCAGCUACGCCUCAACAGCCCCUGAGCUGAGUGACAACAGCCGCUACGAUUUCUUUUCCCGUGUGGUGCCGCCGGACUCGUACCAGGCCCAGGCCAUGAUGGACAUCGUCACAGCGAUGGGGUGGAAUUACGUCUCCACGCUCGCCUCAGAGGGCAACUACGGAGAGAGCGGAGUGGAGGCUUUCGUCCACAUAUCUCGGGAAACUGGCGGUGUGUGCAUUGCACAGUCCCUGAAGAUCCCAAGGGAGCCCAGACCAGGAGAGUUUGACAAGAUCAUCAAGAGACUGCUGGAGACCUCCAACGCCCGCGCCAUCAUCAUGUUUGCAAAUGAGGACGACAUACGACGAGUUCUUGAUGCAGCAAAACGAAACAACCAGACAGGUCACUUCCUGUGGGUGGGAUCAGACAGCUGGGGAUCCAAGAUUUCUCCUGUGAUUGGUCAGGAGAGAGUCGCGGAAGGGGCCAUCACUAUUCUUCCCAAACGAGCAUCCGUGGACGCGUUCGACCGGUAUUUCCGCAGCCGCUCGCUGUCCAACAACAGAAGGAACGUUUGGUUUGCUGAAUUCUGGGAGGAGAACUUCAACUGUAAACUGGGGAUGCAUGGAAAACGCCCAGGAAGCCUGAAGAAAUGCACAGGUUUGGAAAAAGUCGGUCGAGAUUCCAGUUAUGAACAAGAAGGGAAGGUUCAGUUUGUGAUGGAUGCAGUUUAUGCCAUGGCCCAUGCUCUUCACCGAAUGCACCGAGAGCUCUGCUACGGCUACCCCGGUCUGUGUCCGCGGAUGGCCCAGAACAUCGAUGGAAAAGAGCUGCUCAGCCACAUCCGUGCUGUCAACUUUACUGGAAGUGCCGGCACACCAGUGGUGUUCAACGAGAAUGGAGACGCUCCCGGGAGGUACGACAUCUUCCAGUACCAGAUCACCAACAGAACUGCUGAAUACAGAGUCAUCGGCUCCUGGACCAACAAGUUACAUCUAAAAGUGGAGGCCAUGCAUUGGAGGACAGGCGACCCAUCCCUGCCGCCCUCGGUCUGCAGCCUCCCAUGCCGCACGGGUGAAAGGAAAAAGGUGGUGAAAGGUGUGCCGUGCUGCUGGCACUGCGAACGCUGCGAGGGAUACCACUAUCAGGCCUCAGAGUUUACCUGCGAGCUGUGUCCCUAUGAGAUGCGACCCGAUCUCAACCGCACCGGCUGUGUUCCCAUCCCCAUCAUCAAGCUGGAGUGGCACUCCCCGUGGGCCAUCGUCCCGGUCUUCAUCUCCAUGCUGGGGAUCAUCGCCACCUCCUUCGUCAUCGUCACCUUCGUCCGCUACAACGACACGCCCAUCGUGCGAGCGUCCGGCCGGGAAAUGAGCUACGUGCUGCUGACGGGGAUCUUUCUGUGCUACGUCAUCACCUUCCUGAUGAUCGCCACGCCGGACGUGGGUGUGUGCUCACUCAGGAGGAUCUUCUUGGGCUUGGGGAUGUGUUUCAGCUACGCUGCGCUGCUCACAAAGACCAACAGGAUACACCGAAUCUUUGAACAAGGGAAGAAAUCCGUCACAGCCCCAAGGUUCAUCUCUCCCGCAUCUCAGCUGGUCAUCACCUUCUCCCUGAUCUCAGUCCAGCUGGUCGGCGUCUUCGUCUGGUUCGCCGUGGACCCUCCCCACAUUUUGGUGGACUACGGCGAGCAGCGGACUCAGAACCCCAUGUCCGCCCGCGGCGUCCUCAAGUGCGACAUCUCCGACCUGUCCCUCAUCUGCUCCCUGGGCUACUCCAUCUUGCUCAUGGUGACGUGCACGGUGUACGCCAUCAAGACGCGAGGCGUGCCCGAAACCUUCAACGAAGCCAAACCCAUCGGGUUCACCAUGUACACCACUUGCAUCAUCUGGCUGGCUUUUAUACCCAUCUUCUUUGGGACGUCACAGUCGGCAGAACGGAUGUACAUCCAAACCACAACUUUGACGAUCUCCCUCAGCCUGUCUGCCUCCGUGUCGCUGGGGAUGCUCUACAUGCCCAAAGUCUACAUCAUCCUCUUUCACCCCGAGCAGAACGUACCUAAACGAAAACGCAGCUUCAAGGCCAUUGUGACAGCAGCCACCAUGUCAGGAAAACUGACCCAAAAGGGAGACCGGCCGAAUGGAGAAGUGAAGACGGAGCUGUGUGAGAGCAUGGAGACCAACACUUCAUCAACUAAAACCACCUACGUCAGCUACAGUAACCAUGCCAUCUGAACGCACUGCAGAAGGGACCUGAAGGGGGGGCGUGCCUUAGGGGGCGGGGCCAGUUGAGAAACCAAGAGAGGAGCUGCCUUCAGCCGGUGAAGCUGGCGGACGAAGCCCAACGGAAACCAAGCAUGAGACAUUUUGUAUCAUUCCCCAUCCAACCGCAGAGGUGGGACCACAUAAACAACCAGUCGGUGUGCCUGCUUCGCUGCUGCUCACAGCUCAUUGGUCCAACCAUGAACUUAUGUGUCUAAAGAGAAAAAAAAUAAAGAGGACGAACCACGAUUUAAAAAAAAAAAAACUGACUUGCUGAACGGUACUGAGAUGGACAAAAAUAUUUAAAAAAAAAGUAAAAAAUAAAUAAAUAAAAAAGAAAAAAUGUGUAGACAUAUAUAAAAGGGCAAACAUGGGGGUGAAAAAGAGACUUAAAAGAUUGCAUUUUAAAGAUAUUUAAAAAGAAUAUUGUAAGAGAAAAUCUAUGAGACUCAAACAUGUUUGUUGUUGUUCUCUACUUGUAAGUAUUUUUGUGGUUGUGACAAUUUUUUCAUUCUUGUCUCACCGUUGUCUGAUGGAUCGCCCCUGCAUAAUGAGAUGAGUGUGUUUCCUCCUGCUGUCUCGGCUAACCAGGUUGUAGUCUUGGGUCAUGAACCUGUGAAAUGCCAUGGUCGAAGCAUGCCAGUUUUUAUACAAAAAGGAGAUUUAUUUAUAAUAAAGGAAUGUUUUGCAAAUGUC